AAUCCAACCACCACAAGUCCUUCUGUGUAUCUAUGUCGACGCGGUGAGUCGGGUUUGGGGGAUGGGUGUUGUACGGAUCGUCAGCAGAGACGACUAACGUUUGAAAAAUGUCCAACAUCCUCGAUGCGGCGUCCAACGUAAAAUGGGACCGCACGGCUGCGGCGAAGCGAGCCGUGUUCCUUGCGGCUGCCGCUUAUGGUGUCAAAACACUGUACCCCAUCAUUUGCAAGCAGCUCAGCAAAAACAAAGAUCCCAGGAAUAAAGGGUCAAAGGCGGAAAACGGGUCCGCCUGUUCGGUACAAACACGGAUAUGUGCUGCGGAUCUGAAGAAGACAUCCCCCGGGGUAAAUGCGGAAUUUUUCAAGCAGAUCCUCGAACUUGGUAAAAUCCUCUUCCCCAAGCUCGUGUCCAGAGAGCUGGGUUUGCUCUCCUUGCACUCGGUGGCGCUCAUAUCCAGGACGUUUCUGUCUAUUUACGUGGCCAGCUUGGACGGAAAGAUAGUGAAAACGAUAGUGGAGAAGGAGCCCAGGAGCUUCAUCAUCCAGCUGAUGAAAUGGCUCCUCAUUGCCAUCCCGGCCACGUUCGUCAACAGCGCCAUCCGGUACCUGGAGUGCAAACUGGCUCUGGCCUUCCGCACCCGGCUGGUGAACCAUGCCUACCGGACCUACUUCACCGAUCAGACCUACUACAGAGUCAGCAACAUGGACGGGAGGCUCGCCAACCCGGACCAGUCUCUCACCGAGGAUGUAAUGAUGUUCUCCCAGUCUGUGGCCCACCUCUACUCCAACCUCACCAAGCCCAUCCUGGACGUGAUGCUCACCUCCUACACGCUCAUACAGACCGCCAGGUCGAGGGGGGCCAACGCCAGUGGGCCCACCCUGCUGGCCGGCCUGGUGGUCUUUGCCACAGCUAAGGUCCUGCGUGCCUGCUCGCCUAAAUUUGGCAAGCUGGUGGCCGAGGAGGCUCAUAGGAAAGGCUACCUGCGCUAUGUACACUCCAGGAUCAUUGCGAAUGCUGAGGAGAUAGCUUUCUACAGGGGACACAAGGUGGAGAUGCGCCAGCUGCAGAAAUGCUACCGGGCCCUGGCGGACCAGAUGAACCUGAUCCUGUCAAAGCGUCUCUGGUACAUCAUGAUCGAGCAGUUCCUCAUGAAGUACGUGUGGAGCGGCAGCGGGCUCGUCAUGGUGGCCGUGCCCAUCAUCACCGCUACCGGCUUCGCUGACAACAAAACAGCAGACGGCCACACGCAGGUGAUGGUGAGCGAGAGGACGGAGGCUUUCACCACCGCCCGCAACCUCUUGGCUUCCGGAGCCGAUGCCAUUGAGAGGAUCAUGUCCUCCUACAAAGAGGUCACAGAGUUGGCAGGCUACACUGCACGGGUCCACAACAUGUUUGUGGUGUUUGAGGACGUCCAGAGGGGCAUUUACAAGCGCUCCUCUGUGUCAGCCACAACAGGAGCAGAGAAGAAGAGCAAGCCUGAGAUGCACAUAGAUGGACCGCUGGAGAUAAAGGGGGAAGUGAUAGAUGUGGACAACGGCAUUGUGUGUGAGAAUGUCCCAAUUAUUACACCGAAUGGGGACGUCGUAGUGUCUUGCCUGAACGUCAAGGUAGAGGAGGGCAUGCACCUAUUGAUCACGGGGCCUAAUGGCUGUGGGAAAAGCUCUCUGUUCAGGAUCCUCAGCGGCUUGUGGCCUGUCUACGGCGGCCGCCUACACAAACCCUCUCCUGAACAUAUGUUCUACAUCCCUCAGAGGCCAUACAUGUCCAUGGGUUCACUGCGGGAUCAGGUGAUCUACCCAGACUCGGGGGAGGACAUGGCUGCCAGAGGCCUCAGUGACAAGGACCUGGAGGCCAUCUUGGACAUAGUCAACCUCAACCACAUUGUCACCAGAGAGGGAGGCUGGGAUGCUGAGCUGGACUGGAAGGACGUGCUGUCAGGAGGCGAGAAGCAGAGGAUGGGCAUGGCUCGCAUGUUCUACCACAAGCCUAAAUACGCACUGUUGGAUGAGUGUACGAGCGCUGUGAGCAUCGACGUGGAGGGAAAGAUAUUCCAGGCUGCGAAGGAUGCCGGCAUCUCUCUGCUCUCCAUCACACACAGACCCUCCCUGUGGAAGUACCACACCCACCUGCUCCAGUUCGACGGCGAGGGAGGCUGGCGCUUUGAGCAGCUGGACACGGCGACGCGCCUCUCUCUCACCGAGGAGAAACAGCGGCUGGAGGCCCAGCUGGCCGGCAUUCCCGAGAUGCAGCAUCGCCUCAACGAGCUCUGCAAGAUCCUGGGAGACGACUCUGUCCUCAAAACAGCCGAGGAGUGAGACGGGGAGGGGAGGAGGCCCGGAGGGGAAAAGAGUCAAAGGGGAGAAGGAGGAGAGGAAGCUGGGGGAGGAGGAGAAGAGAGUGUGGGAGACAAACAGGCAGUGAAAGAAAAAGAGAUCUGUCUGAGGAUUGUUAGUUUCUUUUUUUCAGGCUUAGAUUUUUUUGAUUUGCUGCGAGCCUCUUUGGUUAUGCCAGCCAGUCUCUCAGCUCUCCUUCCUCCUCUCCCUCCUCUUUUAAUCUCUCCUUUGCCCUACUCCAACCCGAGAAGAUGAGGGGAGGAGACUGAAGUGGAUUCACAAGUAUUAUUCCCUCUUCUUACGCACAUCGACAGCAUACUCAGCUGUAGAUUUUACAUGUUUGGUUUUAGCAUACAUAGUUUUCAGGAUCAACUAAGUUGCCACAGAUCAACGUGGCAAAACAGAGAAAUCCAAAUUAACCAGGGUAAUUUAUUUGUUUGUUUUAUAGCACUUUACUCUGCUUUUAGAGGGCUGUUUCUGUUUGUCGUGCUAGCUCACAGUGAAAUACAGUGAUAGCUGCGUUUUAGCUGGAAAACUAAUGUAGAGCCACUUGAUAAUGUCCAAAGCAGUAUUCCCCAGCCAGUGCACUGGGUCGUGCAGGAUCCACAUUUGUCUGAUUUAGAGGUAGAUUUUAGUUUUUACUGAACUGAACGUGACCUCUUAGUUUGGAGAGGUCAAAAGAGAAUAUUUUUCAAGAUGUCACAAUAUGCCUUUGUUUAAUUUUGUGUAUCUAGCCGCGGUACAAUCCCUUUCCUCAUACCUCGUCUUAGUCAUUGUUAGGUCAUUUCACAUCCUUGAACCACUGAUAUAGGCUCAGAUGCAGACUCACACGUGGCUAGCGAAGAAGAAGAGCCCAUCUGGGGUCUAUUAUUAGAGCGAUUAGUGACGCAGGUCUGACUCCAAAACUAUAGGUUUCUGGUUUAUUGAACAAACACAAUGAGCUUAAGAGGCCCUGUUCAAAGGAAGAGCAGCAAAGAGCAAGCUGACCCUGGUAGUCUGGUCUGUAAAUAGUCACACACAUGUAGACGGUACGUGGAUGAGCAGGCGGACAUUCACGCCAUUAAACUGUCAGGUACACGUACACACUGUCCACAUGUUGAAGCUCUCCCCUGUGUUGACACAAAACACACUGGUGUGUCUGCAGUGCGUCAGAUGUCUGCUGGGACUCUGCUGUGUCAGCAGUGCUCUGUGGCUCCCUUUGAGCCUGUGUAAGUGAACGUUAUUACGUGAUGGUCCUGGAAAAUGAGCUCGUUACAUUAUGCUUAUUUAAUUAAAGUGGAAACAGACAAGUUUUUCGCCCCCCAGUGUUUGCAAGUGGUAGUGUUGUUCGUGCUGCUGUCACAUUCAGAGUGUUUCCGCAGUUACUUCGGGUGUUCCACCAUCCACCAUAGAGUGCUUAAGGAAUGAUGUUUUUUGUUGUUUUUGUAGGACAGCCUGGAAGUUAGCACUGCUGUCGUUCCUUCAACAAAAAGCUAAUGGGAUUUUCAGUUGGAUUUUGGAUUAUUAUUGUUUUUGUUGCUUACACAUUUUGUUCAGCAGGAUAAUCUCAACCAAUGAACACCACUUUUGUGGUUUUUGAAGCAUAAAUGCAGUGACCAGAGGUAAAAAGCUAAUGUUAGGCUAUAAACAAACUACACCACAGUUGCAUGACCACACCGAGGCUGCAAAUCCAUGUUUUGCGUGAUGACAUUUUGUCGUCUCAUUUAGCCACUUGUGAGCAGACGUCUUUUUUAAGACACGUAACACGUUUAAAAUUCUGAAGUGGGGUAAUUACUGAUGUAUUUUAUGUCGUGGAACAAAACACUGAAGUCUCUUACGCUUGUGUUAACCACAGACCUUAUUUGGGGCGUCUAACAAAAACCCAUUUAAAAAAAGCCACUGAGUUCGAGACAAGGGAACAGGAAGUGCAAAAAUGCUAACCCAUGUCCCAUGUGGCUACUGGGAUAGUAACAAUGGAUGUAUAAAGAGUACAUAGAUAAAAACAUACAUGAAAAUACCUGUAUCUCCCGCAUUGUGUGGCCCGUCGAGCCAUCGGGGCCCCUCACUUAAUCACCUCUGAAUUUGGCUGUAAGUAGUUUUAGUGCUUUUAGGACAUUAUCAUCCAAAUAAAGGGCUAUUUAAGUCUUCAUAGCAGGAAGCUGAUGUACCUCAAAAAAAAAAUCCACUGUGUUACAGACGUCAGUCUAUGGGAAAAGUAAUUUUGGACCCCAUGGCAUCAGGUGUAGAACCCGGAAGUUGUAAUUACUUGGUUUGGCCACUAUGUCUUGAUAGUAACUUCAACACGUACAGACAGACCUUUUUAAUAUCACUUUAAAUCACCAUCAAUAAGUGUUUCCCUCCUAUUAAAAUGAUGUUCCUUGUAGCGCCUACAUCAAAAAUUCUGAAAGUGACAUUACUAAAAAACAAACUGUCCAAUCUGAAUUUUAGACAGUUUUAUUAACAAAUGUGUAUUUAGGAUAUUUUAAGACUUUUUAAAGACCUAUGGCCACCCUAUGUAAGGAACUUAUAUUUGGUUGACGCACUUCUUUUGUGCUGAAAAUUGGGUCUUCAUUCUCCUGGGAGAUUGUACCCAAUGGCAGACGAAAUUGCAUAUCGAAAGUGAGGCUUAUAGGAAACCAGUCUGACCACUGAUGAUGUCAUUAUUCUAUCGCCAUUACAUUGUGCUCAAUCAAAAUGAUAGACAUUUACUUCCUGAUAAUGAGUUAAAGCAAAAAACUUGUCUGUUUCCACUUUAAAUACACUUCAGUUAAAUCUGAUUUUAGAUGACACUCCACAUAUUAUUAUGUUUCAAAAUAUGAGGCCUUAUUGGAUAAUACCUAAUUGUGUGUAUGACAUAAUAGGGCUGAUAAACAGUAGUAGAAAGGUCAGAGGUCAAGCUGGUUUAUAGAUCACUGGAGAUGGUUGGGAUUUCACUUUUGGCUCGAGGACACUGACUAGCUGGAACAAAACUCGACAGGAACAAAAUUUGAUUGAUUGUUUUCCCUGAUUUAGCUUCUUUAGCUUUGUUACCAACAACUUACCUGAAGUUGUGAUACUGUGAAGUUAUUGGUCUGUUACAUCAUUUAUGAAAAGGUCCUAAACGCUGUGUUCUCAUGUGGUGGUUCUAAGCUGUGGUCGUGGCUGCUUUUACAGUGUGUUCCUUCUGUGGUUCAGACCUGUGUUGUUGUUCACUGCAUCCGGCUUUAAGAGUCCAAGGAAAAGUAAAUGUUGCUGUUCUGCCUCCCAGAUUGUACUGAAUACAGGAGAGGGGAUCAGGGGUGUCUGUGCCAUUCAUUCAUGGUCUUACAGAUUUCCCCAUAGGUACGCAGAGCUAUAUGUUUGAGGAUUCAUACAUUCAAUUGGGCCUUAGGCUCACCAAGCAAUAGAAAUUAUAACUAUACAUGGAGGGGGUCACUUGGAGUGAUAAACACACAGAGGUAUUAUCUCUCAGUGCUGCAGUCUCCCUGUAUGGAGGCCCAGUGCAGCCAAUGUGUUGCAAAAAAAAGAAAGAUCCUGUGAGUCAUUUUAAUGACUUAUUUUCUCAAAAUAAUGAGAAACUUUCUUAAAAUAAUGAGCUUAUAUGUCAACAAAAUGACUUAAUAUCUCAAAAUAAUUAGAAACUUUCUCAAAAUAUUGGGGUAAUAUGUCAAAAAUAAUGACUUAUUUUCUUAAACUAAUGAGAAACUUCAUCAAAAUGUCAAGCUGAUAUGUCAAAAUGAGUUAGUAUCUCAAAAUUCAGACUUAGUUUCUUAACAUUAUGAGCUAAUAUGUCAAAAUGACUUUAUAUCUUACAAUAAUGAGUUAAUAUCUCAAAAUAUGAGAAGAUUUCUCACAAUAAUGAGCUAAUAUGUCAAAAUAAUGACUAAGUUUCUCGAAAUAAUGACUUAUUUUCUCAAAAUAAUGAGAAACUUUCUCAAAAUGAUGAGCUGAUAUGUCAAAAUGAGUUAGCAUCUCAAUAUUAUGACUUAGUUUCUCAAAAUAAUAAGCUAAUAUGUCAAAAUAAUGACUUGUUCUCUCAAAAUAAUUAGAAACUUUCUCAAAAUAUUGGGUUAAUAUGUCAAAAUAGUGAGUAAAUUUCUCAAAACAAUGAGAAACGUUCUUAGAAUAAUGAGUUAGUAUCUCAAAAUAUGAGAAACCUUCUCAAAAUAAUGAGCCAAUAUCUCAAAAUAAAGACUUGGCUUCUCAAAACUUUCUGAAAAUAACUCAGUAUGUCAAAAUAGUGAGUUAGUAACUCAAAAUGAUGAGACAUUUUCUCAAAACAAUGACCCAGUUGUCUAAAAAUUAUGACUUGGUGUCUCAAAAUAAUGAGCAACUCUGUCAAUAUUUUGACUCACCAUAUGUCAGGAUUAAUCAAGUUUCUCAUUAUUUUGAGAAAACUUCAAAUAAUGGCUUACAGGAUCUUUUUGUUUCAUCAUCACAUUGGCGGUAAAGGGCUUCAGUACCCCUCAGCCCUAUGAAGCUUUGCAGCAAAGUUUCAUUCACUGAGUUGUUUUGAGUAUCUUGGUUUGCUUUCACCAGCAGUACAGAUUAUAACUGCAUUUGAAAAGCCCAAAAAACAGCACCCAGAAACCUUUGUGGUUUUUUUGUGCUGUGUGAGACAGACAUUCCCCUCAUUUAAAGCCCCUUUAGUAAAUGACAGAACCACUAAAUGUGUGUAAGCCCUUCAGAAACAUGAAUAUGGUGAAAUCUGAAUGUAUUUGGAUGAGUGGUCCAGAUGCCACCACAAACAGGAGAAUCACUGGAUGUCUGGAUGUUACUCUCACACUGACUGUACCGCACACAGGACUCCAUCCAUGUCUCUUUGAAGCUUGUGUGACUGGUACAAUGUUCUCAUAAUAUCACUGGUUAGAGCACCACUAUUCUGUUAUUAUACCUCUGUUUGGUCCAACAUGUCUGUGUUACAGAGAACAGACAAUCAGUCGCAUCAUCAGCAGAAGACGAACAAGUGCACUGCUAUAUUUUACGUACACAUCGGCUUGUUGUCUGCAAAGAGAAUAUUAUCAACUCCCUCAGGCCUUUUGUUAGGCUGAGCUGUGGCUGCAUCCACGACGUCUAAAAGUGCAACAUCUUUGCUCCAAUGAGACUUCAAAUCUUUGCAGCCUCCCCUUUUGGCUUUUAGUGUACAGUUACAAAAGGACUUAAGACCAUUUGGAUGCAGCCCUGCUCUGCUUAGGAUGAUGGCUGCUCGGUUACAGAAGGACAAAUGUAAAAAAAUGCUCCCUCCCAAAUGUGACUGGAGAAGAAACAUAACUAAUUAAACAUGAAAAUGUCAAUGAAUCCCUUUAAUAUCUAAAGGGAUAAUAACUGGAAUGCUCUCUCAUGGUCUUGUAAUAUUAUACGAAAAAAACAAAGAAGCUUUCAUUUGGUAUGCAAGAGAGCUUCACAGGCAUCGCUGCGGGGUUUGAAAACGGCACGGCAAGCCCUUUCAGCAGCCGGGGUUUCUGACCUGAAAUAAGUUAUCUUUUGUGUGGCGUCACUCAGACUCUGUUGACAGGAGGCCAGACGAGUCGCUGAAUGACAUGGAGUCUGCCAAGUGACACUGGAGCAUGAGGUCAGCUCAAGAGCAAACAGUGCCUGACAUUCGUAGGCAUGACCAUAGCUUCAGUAGUUAAACAGUCAAGUAAUACUAUUUCAUCAUGAAAGGACGGGGUAAUAGAUGAUGAGGUGCCAUUUUGUUUGAUGCUUCAUGCUUUGGUGUCGAUCUUUAUUGCCUUCAGACUUGAGUUGUGUAACAGGGUGCUUUUUGUGCUGCAUAUUCUUUUCAGUGUUUACUUAUUCUUUUCGGUGUUUAUAAAGAUAAGAGCAGGACGAUUUGUCCUUUAAUCACACCACAAAAUUGAGCCUGAGGAGGAUGAAUUCGACCACUGAUAACAGCCGCUCUUCAGAGUCCUGUGCAUAUUUUUGGGUGCUUGCAGUGUAGCAAAUUGUCCAUUGACUGCGCUAUUAGUAGGACUGCUUGUUUAUGGAAAAAAACAGAAACAGUUUAUAUCCUUGAACUUUAAAUCCUUAAAAAAAUGACUAUCUUGUUGUCAUGAUCAUUGGAAGCCAAGAUCUUAAUCUUGUGGUUAGGACCUGCUGCACAUGGAAAGACCUCAAAUUUAUGCGUUCUUGUUUAUUGAUAACUUUAGAAUGGCGAUAAUCAAUAAACUUGUGUUAGCAAUGGAUCACAUACAUUGUGAAUUGAGUCCCUGCAGUCGUAGCAACAAGUCAAGUCUUUUUUUUUUUUUUUUGGUUUAAUGCCCUGCAACUUUCUCAUAAGGUUGAUUUCAGUCGUAGCAGGCAGCAGUUUUCGACACGCUCGGUAGGCUACCUGCCAGGCACGGCAAACCGACGAAGUUAGCAACAAGCUUGUGAACGCAGGGCAAGUGGAACAUUAGCUAGCAGCUACAUAAUCAUGUAUUUGCCUCAGGACUUGGUGGUUAGCAAACAGCACUUAAAGAGUAAAUAUUUGACUCACAUGACUUAAAGUAAUAGUUUCGUUUUGCUAUGUCUGGUUUCUGCCGUGUAAGUGGGUUUACACAAGUUAACAAUAUCAGCUGAUAGGAUGUGUUUACAGUAAGUGCUGGUUUUGGUUCCACAUUGUGAGUCCGUGUGUGUCAUCGUGGCAACGUGUUACUGCAGAGACCUACCCCAGAGGUCAUUUGGAGGGCUUUGCCAGGUGUUUUUCUGCCUGUCUGUCUGGUAAUGGACAGAUAAUGUCCAUGGGAUAGCACCACAACCAUGCAAGAUACUGUAAUGAAAUUUUACAGUUGUGUAGUUUAGAUCACCACCCACAUUUGCUUGAGUCAUGGCUGGUGGGAUUUCAUUGCAAGAUGGUCUCUGGUUCAACAGCAUCCUGAGCUCCAGGCUCAGGCCCGCCUCUGGUGCUAGGACACAUGGUGGUAAAUCACUGAUAGGGGCCUCUCAAUUGGAACAAAAGAUGUCAGAGUUCUUGGAGCAAAAGAAUUGUAGUCUUUAUUUGCGAAAUAAAAUCUAUCUGACGUGACUCAGAAAGGCAUAGAUCAAUGAUAAUAACUUGGAUACUGGACUGGACCCCAAGAUGGUGCCUAUUCAGUCCAAUGGAGUUGCUCACCUGGCGCAUUCGUCAAAAGAAGUUUCUAGCUUCUGGGUUUACUUUUGUGUUAUGUGACCCACUGAAUAUGGGCACUAGUUGGUCUCCCGCUAGCCUCAACCUCAAGUUUCUGCUCGGCUCAUAGACUUUGUGAUUGCAAUGAUGUCACAGAUUUUUAAAAACUUUUUUCUCAGCUCAAGGAAACUUUAACAAACAUAAAACCUCCAUGGAUCAAAAGUGCAUAAAAGAAAGAGCCAUAAUGACCAUGUUUGCAGUUCGAGUUGUCCUGGUGGUGGUCUAUGGGGAAAGUGUUUUUUCAGCUGCAGUGGAGUUCUCUGUCGCAAUACAAUGAGUGGCCACUUGGAGAAAUUGGAAGCAAGGCUGACCUGCAUUCCUGAGGGCCUGGACUCAGGCAGACACAAUGUUCACGUCCAACUGAAGAGGUGGGCCUGAGCCUGGAGUUCUGCAGCAGACCCUUCUCCUUUAGUUGAGCUUGUAAGUGUUAAGGUUGUUUCCGCUGCCCCCAAGUGACCAAAAAAAGUUACUGCAGGUACAAUAAUAUUCUAUCUCCAGUAACUAUUAAAUAAUGUACCGCUGCUAUGACUGCAUGAAACCCUGUGAAGUUAUCUUUGAACAUGGCACCUCAUCAUUUCCUCUCCCUUUUAGGAACCUAGUAAAGAUACCUUAUUCACCAGUGAAGUUAGGCCUGUAGUGGCCUGCUAUACUGUAUGACCCCGCAAUAUACUGUAAUGACAUCCUUACUCACAAAACUUUGAUACUGAAAGUUUCACACCUUCCCUUUUGUAAGUAAGAGAUUGAAUGUAUCCGUUAUGUACGAUAAAGCAUCUCUAAAGGUUACGAAGACAAUGAAUACACGUGGUCAGGUCAUACAGGUUUCCUUUUCGUUUGAUAAAUGAUAAUUUUAUAGUUGUGUUGAUAGUGCAUGUUAUUUUAUUGGAGCCACAUAGUGGUUUUAAACUGAGACUUACUGUGCAUGUGGUGAGUGAACAGAGAAAAUGUUGGUGUAAAACACGACAUGGGGUCGAUAGGUGGAUGACCAUGAGUACAGUAGUUCAACAGUAGUUCUCAAAGCCAGGGUUUACUACACUUUGUAGUAACCUCAACAGUUUGCAAUCAAAACUCUCAAACUUAUAACAGUUUUAUAUUUUUAAUUCCUGGAACAGUAGCCCAGAUUUCCUUUAUCGGGAUCUCAUUGUGCAUGUGUAGGAAUCUGUAUUCUUUAACCUUAGAACCAAGAGAGGUGCAUCAGCGUACAGGUCAUCUGUUCAGAAAUCAUGUGCUGAGGUCACUUUACAUUGAAAGAUGAAGAUGUAUUUUCUUGUAAAUAAAACUACAGUGCA